CCGGAAGUAAACAAACAUGGAAGAUGAACUUAUUUCACUGCUCGAAAAUGAUGAUAUGUUCGCCCAGUUUCUGCAGGAGACUUUUGAUGUAAAGUCCCAUGCAAACAAAGCAAUACAGGGCGCAGCAAUCACUGACCAGUUGGCAAAGCUUGCAGAAGGCAUUGGACUUCUAGAUAAAGAAAUACACUCACAGAUUGUUGUUCAUCAUGAGGACCUCCUGUCGCAGGCAACAGGAGUGGAAACUUUGGAAGGAAUGUUACAAAUGAUGCAAAGCAGAAUACAGUCACUGUUGGCAGCAAUGGACAGAAUAAGGACCAAGGUUACUGAGCCAUACACAAAGAUUUUAACAAGAACUGUGCAGCUCAGAAAUUUACAGGAGACAUGUGACUUGUUACGGCGAAUCAUAAGAAUCCUAUAUCUGUCAAAACGACUUCACAGUCAGCUGGCAGGGGGAGCAAGGGAGAUAACCAAAGCUGCACAGAGUCUCAAUGAGCUUGAUUAUAUAUGUGAGGGAGUUGACCUAACUGGGAUCGAAGUUAUAGAGCAGGACCGACGGUUUGUGAAACAAGCGCGAAAUGAGGUGGAAACACAGGCACAGAAGAUGUUGGAACAAGGCAUGGAAUCACAGAAUCAAGUGCACGUGGCGACCUCCCUUCAAGUGUUCCACAACCUCGGCUGUCUGCGUGAGAUUGUAGAUCGAGUUGUUAAACUGUGCAGCGAUCACCUUGAGGGGGAUAUUAAAUCAUGUCUGGAUGUGACAGCUUUGUCAGUACAGCAGACUGGACCACAAGGAAAAAGUGCCCCUGGUAGAUCCUCAAUGCCAAUGACAGGCAACACAGCAGCCCUCAGAGCCACCCUGUGGACCAACAUGGAGAAACUGAUGGACAGUAUAUACAGUGCUUGUGCUCAGGUUCAGCACCUGCAGAAAGUCCUGAUUAAGAAGAGAGAUCCUGUAACACAUGUGUGCUUUAUUGAGGAGCUAAAACAGAGUGAGGGUAGUGUCCACAUUUUGGCAGAUUUUUGGACCAAUAUUACAGCCCUUUUGAAGCAAAAAUUCAACAAAGCAGCUGAAACAUCGUCUUUCCUGAAACAAGCCUUUGAAGGGGAAUACCCGAAACUUCUGCGACUGUACAAUGACCUUUGGAAACGUCUACAACAGUUCAGCCUCAGUGUGGAGACAGAUUCGUUGUCCUUGGCAACAGACGUCAUAGCAAUGGAAAUGCAGGAAGAAGAUAUUUUCAUGCCGUCAGCGAAUAAAGACAAACAGUACAAUUCUGAGCAGGCAUUGAGAGACAGUUUGUCAGACUUUGAGACAGCGUACAUUUCCAAGUCCCUGUCGCGACUCUUCGACCCCAUCAACCUUGCAUUCAGCACAGCAUCGUUCAGUCCACCUUCUAUUGAAGAGGUGGAUAAUAUUGUGAAAACUAUAUCUAGUGAGUUGAAUGUAGCCAGUGUGGAUAAGAAGUUGUGUGUAACCGUGGCAAAGAAUGUUUCAAAGACGGUGAAAAUGUAUUGUGUGAAGAGCGAACAGUUGCUGUGUACAGAUGGUGAGGCCAGCCAGGUCAUUGGAUCACCAACUCAAGGUCAGACACGAAAUGCAGCAGUUGUCAACACCUUGUACCAACUUCAUUUGGCUGUUUCUAAGGUUGUGAUCGGCCUGGAAUAUUAUCCAGAGGAGGGGAAAGGCAGCAUCACAGAAUCCCUUCAGGCGAUAGUUUUACUGAUGACUAACGCUGUACAACCCCUAAUGUCGUCCAUAUGUGAUGCUCUGGAGGCUAUCAUAUUGACCAUUCAUCAGGAAGAUUUUUCAAGCCCUGCCCCUACUGGCCAGGAUACAGAUGCUCCUUGUUCCCUGUACAUGAGGGAACUACAGGGAUUCAUAGCCAGAUGUCAGACUGACUAUCUUUUACAAUUUACAUGCCAUGAUUUUAUCAUGGAAUGUAUUCAGCCAAUCAGCUGCAGGUGUAUAUCCCUGUUUGUUCGACAUGCUUGUAUGGUGAGACCACUUGGAGAAGGGGGGAAAUUAAGACUUGCGGCAGACUUUGCCCAGAUGGAGCUGGCCAUUUCCCCUUUCUGCAAACGUGCAUCUGACCUUGGAAAACCAUACAGACUCUUAAGAGCCUUCAGACCCCUUUUGUUCCAAAGUGUGGAACACGUCAGCGAUAGUCCAGCUCUUGGGGAAACCAUUCCCCAUAGUACCCUUCUACACUUCUUGUUUGCACGAGCACCGCCCGAAAUCAAGUCUCCUCAUGUUUCUGCUGAUUGGUCUCUUAGCAGAUAUUCACAGUGGCUGGAUGACCACCCUUCGGAAAAAGACCGCCUGACCUUUAUAAAGGGUUGUUUGGAGGCAUACGUUCAGCAAGUGCGAUCACGCCACGGAAAGGAAUUCGCUGCAAUAUAUCCAAUUAUGCUAAAAAUUCUCCAAAAUGGGCUGCAAAAUACUUCAUAACUUCAUGAAUUAUGUUAUAAAUGAUUUAAAGGGACUUGAUCAUAGAUAUUAUGUUGGUCUUUUUUUAAACUUUGUUCAAAUUGAGUUUUUAUUUACUUUUUGGUUUAUGAAAAACCACCAAACAGCAAGUGGCAGAUAAUAAUUUGAGCAGAAUAUUAUAAAAACAAGCCUAAAAUAUUUCAUUUUUCAGGAGCUUCACUAAUGCUGCUUGGAAAAAAGAGCAUUUUGUGUCACAUUUAUAAGUAAUCAUGAACACUGGGGCUCUUCAUUGAAUUUUGAUUAUAUUUUUUUGUUGUAACAAGCAUUUUGUUUACAUUUCACAUGAAGUUUUUUUUUCAGUGUGUGACCUUAUAAAACUUGAACAAGGUCCUUUAAAAGGAAAUCCAAUGUUUAAUCUUUUAAAUUGAUUUUUUAAAAAUCAAGAGCAGAUUGUGAGGCUAAAUCAAUUUUAUAUUUAACAUUACAGUAUCUCUGCCUUAACUCCAAAAGGCAAUAACUGGAGAACUGUGAAUUGAUCAAUCAUGUCGUUGCUUAGUUCCAUAAUUUAUUCCUUCAACUUCCAUAUUAAAUAUACUGACGAUUACUCAAAACCUAUAAGGCAUUUCUUAAUGGACUGAAAUGAAAACUUGGGAUUACUUGAAACAUCGGAAAACUUGAGGUUUUAGGUCGGGCCGUUUUCACAGUUUUACUGUAUCAUCAUUUUUUAACUUGUGAUUUUCUCAUAUUUGAAACGAAGGAAGCUGGGGGACAAUUUCAAUAAUUCAGAGUGGGAUGUCUUAAUUAUAUAGAAGAGAUUUUCAGCAAUGCGAAGCCACUGUAUAAAAUUUCCCCUAGAAACGAAGUUGCUCGUAGGGUUCAUGACAAAAAAAUUCAAGCAGCAUAAUAGAAUAAUAUGGUUGGACCUGGAGAUUUUUAUAUUUAAGGUAAACCAUCCACCAUUAUAAUGCAAAGAUGUGUUAUUAACAGCAAGAUUAUGUUUAAUAUGUUGAUGAUAUUUUUACAUUUAAUUAAAUUAUUUUACCACAUUGUGAAAGCCACCAUAAUGAAGCUACGAUAAUGAUAUUAAAUAUUCAAUGGGAGGUAAUAAAAUGAUUACACAGCAUUUUUAAAUAUUAUGUCUAUAUAAAAGUAGCUCUCUGGGGAAAAAAAUAAAAAUAUAUUAAACUUUAAAAUUAAACUUUUACAAGUAGCAAUUUUUGUAAUGAUGAUGGAUGACUUACCUUACUAUGUUGUGUAUCUAUAUCUUUAUAUAUUCUGAAAAUAUAAAGAUGUGGGAUAAUGUAUUUUUAUUAUGAACAUGAUGAUAAACAAGCAUAUACAUGCAUGUUUCAUAGAUUGAUUCCGUAUUUAAUGAUAUUGUUAGAUUAUUUGUAUGUACAAUAACAUGUAUGUUUCAUUGCUUAAAUAUAUAAACUGAAGAUGUGGGAAGUAAAUAAAUGGAAAACU